AUAAAACCUGCGGCACUCGACUAACUUUUUUUUUUCUUUCUUUCGCCUCGGUGUUCAUUAAUUCAAACUUCUCCCCCUGCGCAGUGUUAUCUGGUUAAUGUCACUUUGGUGGUGACGAACCCCCUCAUGACAGAGUAUACAUCUUCACCAGAGGCUAUCCAGGAUUUCAGAAACUCCCGCGAACGUACCGAGCACUGGGUGCGUUCUCACUCGCCAUUCCAUUCCCAGUUCUAUUCUCCCGAAAGCCCUCCAUCCGUCGUCAGUGAUAUAGAUAUCGACGACUGUAGCUCAGACAACGGCAGUUCGCAUUCUUUACCUCCGAAGAUGAUGUUGAAGUACGGCGACGGACGAGACGUUCCUAUCUCGCACUGGCACUAUGACAAUGGUGGCUCGCACAAAGGAAGCAGUCAUAGUUCCAGUUCACAUCCUCAUCCUCAGCACAGCCAUCAUCAUUAUGCUCAUGACCGCUCGAGGUCUGCUGCUGAUGCAUAUCAUGCGCGGGGUCCUCGCUACCCCGAGCACGCAGGGUAUCAUCACUCCUCAGCACGACAUGCAUAUCGUGCAGACCCUGAAGAUUUGGAACCCGAAGAAAUACAGAUCCUUCCCUCUGACCCACACGCCACUCCCUAUGACUCCAGAAACGAAAAGUAUCGGCCCCGCAGAGCUUCAGAACCAUACCGGUCCGAACCCUUGCAAUCCCCGCCCCACAAAAACGCUGUAGAAAUCCCUGCCACACCCUUGCCACGCCACGUUCCCAACCACCACAGUACCGCUGCCCCGCCAGUCACCUACUCCCAUUCUCAACCCAUUCCUAGACAAUACGAGCAACACCAUCCCGCGCACUCGCAUUCGCGAAAUCGGCCUCCGCCUUCGAUCGUUUAUGCACCCGGUUCUCACCACGCUACCGAUCAUUAUGCUCCACCGACGAUUGUUUAUGCCCCAACCAAGGCACCAGGCAUGACGUAUACGGUGUCUGCGCCCACGGGUUCAGGGUUCCCGCAAUACCCGCGCAUCACUCCUGCCCCAUACCCCAGCAUCCACAGUCAUCUCGCGUCUAUUCAUGAAGAACCGCGGUAUGGAAUGAGAGGUUCGCUUCCUAGGGAAGAUCGGUCGAGAGCGCCUUCAGCGAUCGGCGAGGGUGAUAGCUGCGAGUCGGGCAGCACGUACUACGUUAUACCCACUCCUGGUCAGAAGGUGAAGGUUUUGCCCGGACCCGCACCUUCCCUCUACACGGCCACGUCGACCACUAAAUCGCCAUCGUCUCCUCAAUCUAGCAGCACGGGGUUCAAGAAACCGUUUUUCAGCAGGCUCUUCAGCUUUGCGUCUGAUCUAUCAAAAGUAUCCAAAGUCCCAAAAUUCUCGGCAAAGACCAAGUUACAACGACGUCACUCUUUGGAUACGUCGACGAGCGUCCGUAUACGACAUCAGUCCUGACAUUCACGUGCGUUUCUGGGAUAAUGAAUUUGUUAAAAGAAAGGUUUUUUUUUUU